GGCACAUUUUCUUCGAAGUCAGGUGGCAAAAGGUUGUGUAAGUCCCAGGGCACUUGCAAGAUGGGAAACCAUUGCGUUGCUGCCAUAGAGCUUCACGAAGAAGAAAGUGGAAUCUGUAGUGUCAUUUACUACAGAACACAUUUCGGCCACGACCAGAACAUUGCUUUUCUGCAUCUCAGUGGUUCUGAUAGAGAAGCCAUCGCUGGCAAAAUUGCUGAGGGGGUCACUUUCCAGAGAAUUCUGGAUGAUGUGCGGGACUCAGUUCAUUCCAGCGGAGUGGAGAGGCUGCAUCUCCUGACUCGACAUGACCUUCAUAACAUUAAGAGAGACUUCGCCAUUGGUGAUGAUCAACAGCAUAACAUUGAUGAAGUCAGUGUUGGUAUGUGGUUGGAGAAAAUGAAAGACUGUGUUCUCCUCUAUAAGAAAGAAGGCGAGGCCAGGGAAGAUUUUGAUAGGACUGACUCGGUGAUAGUGUUAAUGACUGACUACCAGAAGCAGUUAUUACAGAGAUUUGGACAAAAUAUUGUAUGUGUAGACUCCACACAUUGUACAAAUGUUUACAAACUGUUGGUGACCACAUUGUUAGUGGUAGACGAUUUUGGUUCAGGUAUGCCUGUAGCAUUCUGUGUUUCAAAUCGGGAGACUACUUCCAUAAUGACUCAUUUCUUUAGUGCUGUGAAAGAGAGAGCUGGCAUCAUAAAAACGUCUGUAUUCAUGUCCGACGACACUAAUUCUUUCCGUAGUGCAUGGUCACGAGUCAUGGGACCUGCAGAAAAUAAUCUACUGGGUGCUUGGCACAUAGACCGCAGCUGGCGGAAUAAUUUGAAGAAAGUACAUGGCAAUGAAGAAAAGAAAGCACUUGUGUACAAAGCUCUUCGUACAUUGCUUGAAGAAGCGGACAUAGACAAUUUUAAUAAGCUGCUGGAAUCGUUCGUCGGGCAGCUUCAAGCAGAUGAAGGUAAAGUGUCCACAGAAAUCCUGAAGUCACUACAGAAGGAUGCAGCUCAUUCGCUGUCACUUUUUCAAUCAGACUGCAGGGAAGCUUCACGACCCCCCAGCAAUGAGAAGGUAAAAGUGCAACGAAGACAUGGUAAAUGUAACAAACAGCCAAAGGGCAGUUUGAAGAAACCAACUCUUGCUGAAAAAGAAAAUAUUGUUUCAGCACUGAGGCAGCCUGAAAGUGAAAUAUUAAAUGUUCACAUCAACUCACUCCUUGCCUCUGGCGUCUCCCUCACCAUUUGGCAGCAGCUCAACGGGGCCUGUGGUGCCCCGAGUUUACAGCCGCAACAGGACACGGCUGCACGUGUUUCCGCUUCAGGUGAGCGUCGACCUCCAGAGCAGGAUGAACUCACCUCAUCUGUCAUCGCCUCUUGCCGCGUCGCGAGUGCCUGGACCCACCUGGCUGACAUCUUAUAG